CGCUCGAAAAGGCUUAUUUUGACUCAACACUCGUGACUCUUGACUGUCAGACUCUUCUCUUUCGAACGAACGAGCGACGCGCCUGCCUUCGCAUCUCUUUCCCCGACCGCCUGCCAGUCAGAUUCGCUCUCAUCUUUCCACCUUCAAACGUCUUCGUCGCCAGCUUGGAACAUUAGAUUGCCUCAGCACGCAUCCUAGCAUCCCAAAGAAUUUCCUUUGCCUCCGCCGCCUGGGCGAAACGACUUCUCCCACACGCACGCACGCACGCACGCACGCACGCACGCACGCACGCACGCACGCACGCAAUGAACGAUCUCAGGAUGGCAUUGGCUCCUCAUAUGGAGAUCAUCUCGGGUCUCUGUGCAGCGCACGGCCUGCAGCACGACUCGGGCGUCGACUUUGGGGGAAGCGGAGCGGAGAAAAGCUGGCAGGGUAGACCGCAGCAAGCGGAGCACGCUUCUGGACCCUCUAGCGCGCCGCUCCUUUCAGACGGAAAGCCAAAGCUGAACAUUGCCUCAUCAUCCGCUUCUAGAUUGGCUGCCAGUCCACUCGUCAUGAGUCCUGCUCCCAGAAACGAUCAUGAUGACGAAGCGGAUGCGUGGGACGAGGUGGCUAGAAUGCUCAAACCGAUCGGAGAUACGCUUAGAGGCGACCGCUUGAGAACGCCUUUGGGGAGCUCAGACUUGCCCAGCAGUGUCGUGCACAUUCUCGGCGUUGCCCGGCGCCAGUCUGUACUUGCGAAUGACAGAACAUCGGCUAGCGAAGCCGAUGCCGUCACGGAAUGUUUGCGGAUCGUCGCCAAUCUAUGCAUCGACCAUGCCGACAAUCGCACGCGCUUCUUGGACGUUGGAGGAGUGCAAGCCGUCAUUUCGACUCUCGAUGGCAUUUUCUCCGGCGGACCCAUCCCCACCGACCCUUCCGCUUUGCAAUUCUCGCCCACUUCCCUCAAACUCUUGCGGACAAGCGCAGGAGCGCUGCUCAACCUUGCGCUGGAGCAUCCGGGCGUGCACCAAGCACUGCGUUCCGAGCAUCACCUCUCUACAUUGGCCAAGCUCGCUUCUUGGCCUCGCCUCUACGUCCCGGGUGCUUGGUCAGCCGAGCGCGUCCACCUUGCCAGAGCUGCGCGGAGUAGCACAAGGGGGGAAGAGGACAUGCAGAGGGUCAGAGAUGCAGCUUCCACUGCUGGCUGGGGCUGGAGAGUCCUGUGCGACGUGUGUGCGGAUCAAGAGGAGCCCGGCGAAGCAGAUGGGGCAGACAAGGAUCAAAAAGAGGCGGAAGCGGAAUCAGAAGCGGACCACCCACUAGAACUCCUCUGUCGAAGCGAAGGCUUCAAUGGCCUCUUCAGGCCCCUCGUUGCCAUGCUCGUGGCUCAACGGCCCUCGGCAGAGGGCACGGUACUGCCUUGGACAGAUGACGACGUGUCCGAUCUAAUAUCGUCAGACUCUGACAUUCUUACGUUGGCUGCAGAGCUUUUGGAGACUGCAGGUCGACGAUCGAGCACCUUUAGGAGUCGCAGCAUGCACGCGAUCGACUUGGACACCCACUCUGCCCGCCUACUCUCCGAUCUGCCAGCCUUGCCCACACCGCUGGCGUUGUUGAUGCAUUUUCUAGACGUGUCGACGUCUCCUCCAUCGUGGGAAGGUCAGGGUGUUCCAGCAGCAUCAGAUGCGGAAGCGCUCAGCGAAGCUAAAAAGACUUAUUCUCUGGCCAAGGCUAGCGUGGCUCGGGCUAUCGUGGCUAUCAGCGGCGAGGAUGAGAACAUGGACAAACUCUUUGCGGGCGGAAUGCACGACGGUCGCAAAGAGGGAUGGUUUUUGAGCACAUGUGCAGACUGGAUGGGAAGGCGGAAUAGGGAAGAUUUGGCUGGGACUGCUCUUUUGGCGCUGGGCAACUUGGCGCGCAAAGACGCCAAUUGCAUUGCGUUGGUCAAACAUUCCGCUUUGCUGCCCACGCUCGUCUCUCACUUGCAGACAGCCGAGCCGGACAUCAAGGUCAUCUACGGCUGCGUCGGCUUGCUCAAGAACCUCUCCAUUCCUGCGCCCAACAAGUCAUUGCUGGGUGAUGCUGGACUUUUGGAACUAGUGUCUCCAUUCUUGGAUGCCAAAUACGACAACGUUCAGCCUCUUCAAUUCGCCACUGUCGGUCUACUGAAACACCUCUGCGCUGGCGGUCAGCUCCAAAAUGCACUCAGACUCGUACUUGGCAAGUCGAGCGACAGGACGCCGUUGGGGAUUUUGUUGAGCGUGCUUGGCAGGACGGAGGAUGUGCCUACCCGCAUGGAAGGCACACGCAUCCUAGUCAACUCUAUCAAGACAUUGUGGCAAGCUCAGCCUUCCGGUGAUGCUACCUCAGACUCGAAGCGCGCCGAAGCCAAAAGUUUGUUGUUGGGAAACGAAGCCGUUGUGACAGCCUUGUCAGAGAUGGUGCGAGCAAGUCACAAGUAUCCGGUGCUUGUCAACGAAGGUAUCUUUGCUUUGACACUGCUCUCAACAGAGCCUGCUGGAGCCAUUGCGGUAGCCGAAGCGAUGCUCAGGAUAGGUGAAGUCCCAUCUCGCAAGGAUUCCGGCCAAUCCGCAUCCGCGACCAUCUCCGACCUCUCCGCUUCCGAACCCACCACGUCCAACGCAGCAGCCGCUGCCGAUGCGCACACUCAACAUCCCCAACGGCAAGACACUCUGGACGCGUAUCGGAAACAAUCCUCCUCGGCAUCUUCCAGCACUGCUUCGCCGCCCAGAUCCAUCGACAUGGUGUACUCUGUUCUAGCGCGCAGGGACGCUAGGAUGCCCCCCGCAUUCGCAGCCAACGCUUGCUCUCUCCUCGAAGCUAUUGCUGAACAAGCUCAAGCCGGACGGCAAAAAGGCUUGAUGGAGAAGAUUUCGAGGGAACUGUUGCCUGCGCUAAGACACCUCAAUGAGGAGGGCCCUUCUGAAGUCAUGCCACAGGCUGCGGCCACGCUUCGUGCCGUUCAGCGUGCUCAAGAGCAGUAGGGGGCAGCCCAAUCUUGCCGGGGGAAUGCGUCUCGAAAUACCUCGACCGCGUCGCGGCGCCCCUUGCCCAGUCUCAUUCCUCACCAUCAUCAUUUCCUGUGUAUUUCC